AUGCCGGGGGGGCGGCGGGGGCUCGUAGCCCCGCAGAACACCUUCCUCGAGAACAUCAUUCGCCGCUCCUCAUCGCAGCCAGACAGCAGUUUUCUGCUGGCCAACGCGCAAAUCGUAGAUUACCCCAUCGUAUACUGCAACGAGACCUUCUGCAAGAUGAGUGGCUACAACCGCGCGGAGGUGAUGCAAAAAUCUUGCCGCUGCGGCUGGAUGCACGGCGAGCUGACGGAGAAAGAGGCGCUCGAACGCGUCGAUCGCGCACUCGACCACCACCUCGCCGAUCAGUUCGAGAUCCUGCUCUACAAGAAGAACCGUACGCCGCUGUGGCUACUGGUGCACGUGGCGCCGAUUCGCAACGAGCGCGAGCUCGUCGUGCUUUUUCUGCUCACCUUCCGCGAUAUCACCGCACUCAAGCAGCCUAUCGACGCAGACGACCCCAAGGGAGGUCUGUCCAAGUUUGCAAAGCUGGCGCGAUCGGUGACGCGGUCGCGGUCGGUGCUGGUGUCGGCGCUGCCUGCGCUGAAGGAGCCGGCGCGGCAGAGCCACCUCGCGCAUGUCAGUACACCCGCAGCGCAUGUGAUGUCGCUAUCUGGAGAGGUGCUUCCGCAGUACAGGCAGGAGGCGCCCAAGACGCCCCCGCACAUUCUGCUUCACUACUGCGCCUUCAAGGCCAUCUGGGACUGGAUUAUCCUGUGCCUCACCUUCUACACGGCUAUCAUGGUUCCCUAUAACGUGGCCUUUAAGAAUAAAACUAGCGAAGACGUGUCGCUGCUCGUGAUCGACUCGAUCGUGGACGUUGUGUUCUUCAUCGACAUAGUGCUUAACUUUCACACGACGUUCGUGGGGCCGGGUGGUGAAGUGGUCAGUGACCCAAAGGUCAUCAGAAAGAACUACUUCAAAUCAUGGUUUCUCAUCGAUUUGCUCUCUUGCUUACCUUACGACGUGUUUAACGCGUUCGACCACGACGAGGACGGUAUCGGCAGCCUGUUCAGCGCCCUCAAGGUUGUGCGGCUGCUGCGUUUGGGUCGCGUGGUGCGUAAGCUGGACCGCUACUUGGAGUACGGCGCCGCCAUGCUCAUCCUGUUGCUGUGCUUCUACAUGCUCGUAGCACACUGGCUGGCCUGCGUGUGGUACAGCAUUGGACGAUCGGACGCCGACUCGGGCCUACAGUAUUCGUGGUUGUGGAAGCUGGCUAACGUAACACAGAGUCCGUACUCUUACGUGUGGUCUAAUGAAUCAGACGGGCCCGAGCUCGUUAAUGGGCCCUCGCGCAAGACCAUGUACGUGACCGCCCUCUACUUCACCAUGACGUGCAUGACCUCCGUGGGCUUCGGCAACGUGGCCGCCGAGACCGAUAACGAGAAGAUCUUCACCAUCUGCAUGAUGAUCGUGGCAGCCCUACUGUACGCGACAAUAUUCGGGCAUGUGACUACCAUCAUUCAGCAGAUGACGUCGGCGACGGCAAAGUACCACGACAUGUUGAACAACGUUAGAGAAUUUAUGAAACUGCACGAAGUGCCCAAGGCACUUAGCGAACGAGUCAUGGACUACGUCGUCUCUACCUGGGCUAUGACAAAGGGGCUCGACACCGAUAAGGUGCUGAAUUACUGCCCCAAAGACAUGAAGGCAGACAUUUGCGUGCAUCUCAAUCGCAAGGUCUUCAACGAGCAUCCGGCUUUUCGGCUGGCGUCGGACGGCUGUCUGCGCGCACUCGCCAUGCAUUUCCAUAUGUCGCACUCUGCACCAGGCGAUCUGCUCUACCACACGGGCGAGUCUAUCGAUUCUCUUUGCUUUAUCGUGACCGGCAGCCUAGAGGUAAUCCAGGACGACGAAGUCGUGGCAAUUCUUGGUAAAGGCGACGUGUUCGGCGACUCUUUUUGGAAGGACAGUGCCGUCGGUCAGUCGGCGGCCAACGUACGCGCGCUUACUUAUUGCGACCUGCACACCAUCAAGCGCGAUCGCCUACUCGAAGUUCUCGAUUUCUACCAAGCCUUCGCCAACAGCUUCGCGCGCAACCUCACGCUCACCUACAAUCUGCGGCACCGCCUCAUCUUCCGCAAGGUGGCCGACGUGCGACGCGAGCGCGAGCUUAUGGAGCGCCGCAAGCGCGAGCCGCACCUCGAACAGGCGCAGGACCACCUCGUGCGCAAGAUUUUCUCGCGAUUCCGCCGGGAGCGAAGCGUAGCCGCCGCGCCAGCUCGUACCGCCGCGCCCUCGAUUGCCCCGGCCGACAGCGAUUCGGAACCCGCGCCGGCCGUAAGUGGAGCAGGUGCUACUUCGUUGGCAGAAGGCAGUGGCGUUACCUCGGGGGCGACCGGAGAGGCGGUGGGUAUCGUCGCGGGGUCGGUGGCAAACACGGGAAGCACAGGCGCAGGUACGGCGGCGGCCCGCGGCAAGUGGGGACGACUGCUGGCGGGCGGUGCCCACUCUCUUGAAGGGGGCGACCCACCACGGGCAUCUUUUACGCGUUCCCUAAGCGCGCGGGAUAACGCCAGCCCUGCUACUGCCACGUCCGCUACGACAUCUCUCACCACCGUGACGCUCAAGAGUGCGUUUGGACGAGGGCGCGCAAGUAGCGUGUUGACUGGAACCACCCGUCGUGACCCUAUCGACGAGGAGGCGCCGGUUCCGGCCGCCGCCGUCGGCACUGCAUCAGCGACAGCGGCCACGACCACUGUUGCGACAACGACAACGGUGACAGCGGCGCCGGCGACGGUGACGGCGAGCGCGGCGGCAGUGAGUCACGAAGCGGCAUUAGCGGAGCUGCGACGAGACGUUCGCAACGAAGUACAACGGUUACAGCACAAGCUGGCGCGCGUGGAGGAGCUGCUGACUCUGCUCGCCUCUCGUCUCGGUGCCGACCCCCACGAGGUGCCAUCCGGCCCCUCCGACGGACCCGAUCGCCCCGACUCCGCGGCCGUCGCCAGGAAGCGACGCUCCAAGGCACGCAGCAAAGGAGCGGCACCGCAAGCGCCCUCGUCGAGCACCCCGACGACACCCACGGAGGGCCCCGGGCACUCGGGGGAGAACCCGGGCUCGGCCACUCUUCGCCGGCGCGAGUUCGUGUAG